GUACAAAGGAGUUGCUUUAUAGACUACGGGCGAGCUGUGGAAUUAAAGUUUAAUAGCAAGUGUGGCGUUCUUCUACAGGAAUUGGGAGUCGUAUUGAAGUCAAAAUACUGAAUUGUGAACUUUCAAUGGGCAGACAAAUUUUUAACAAGCCAAAGUUGUUGCAACAAACUGUGUGUGGCGAGACACCGACACCCUAGUGAUAAUUUUGAGUGUGCUUCAAAAGUAGGGAAAACAGAGGGUAAAAGAUUCAAGAUUUUGCAAAGUUAGAUUGAACAUGGUCAAUACAGCAAUGGGGAUAGGAAACUAUCAGAACAUGAAUCUGAUACAGAAAAUUGAUUCAAACUUACGCUUGGAAAUAUGCACUUCUAAACAAGAACGUGAAGACUUUUAUAAAAGAGCUGGAGAAUCGUUUCAUCAAUCAACCAUAUCAUUACGGCAUCUACCCAAUGUUGAGAAAAGGAGAAAAUUUCUGCCAGCUUAUUUCAGAUACCUGCAUGAAAGUUCAUUGACAUCAGGAAAAGCAAUUUUAAUGGCUCUCAAAAAGCGAGAAAAUGUCAACGGCAAAGAAGUUUGGAAAAUUGUGUACAGUGGAAUCUACGUUUAUGACACAUCGCCUACUGUCGAAUCAGAUAGUUCCGAAAUCAUGGAAAUUGAUAGAGAAGCAGUAGAAGAAAUAAUAAAGAGAGACAAAUGGCAUCAGAAGAACAUUGAUGGCCCGUUACGUGAAAUCGCAAAAAGUGCUGGCUCAGCUGCUUGGCUAUUAGCACGUCAAGCCACAACACCAGAGUACAAGCAACAAAAAUAUGGUCUUAAUUACAGCAGAAUCGCAGCAAAAAUUGCAUACGAAUUAGGCUUAAAGAUACAUGCUGAUUCUGGCAAAGCACCAUUCAAAAUUCAACCGUUUGAAUAUGUCGCAUUUAACGAUACGUUCUCAGGUGGUUUUGAAUUGAUGGAUAAAAUUGGCCUCUUCCCAAUAGCACAUUUGCAUUAUAAUUUCAAACCAGGGUUAAAGUGCUACCACGAAUCAGAGAAGGGCACUGACAGAAGCCAGCAUUCAUGUUACUUUAUAAUGGUUGAUAAAAACAUUCAUCCGAAGCUGAAGCAAGCCUUGGAAAAGGGAUUCAAGGCUAAAUUGUGAACUUUUUCAGCUUGGAAAUAGAAUGAACUGAAUUGAUUAUAAUUUGAUCUACAACAGGAAUAUUUUCAAAUGUUCAUCAAACAUGAAAUGACAUAUUAAUUUAUAUGAUGAUAAAUUGAUUUUAACAACUAAAAACCAAUAUGGGGUGUACUAGGGUAUUGUGUACUGAACUGCAAGUCCUUUCUCCUUGUUUACUUUCUACUUUGGAUCCGUGUGUGUCAGUUGCCACGAGGAUGUUUGAACGAGAUAGUAUUAUAAAGAUAAAUAUAAAUAACAUGAUCUCUUUCCACGAAAUAGUAAGUUUAUUUAUGAGCUUUCGUCAGAUCAUAUUCUAACUUCUUCAGAUAAAACAAGAUAUGACUUAAUCAAUAGUCUUCAAAUGUACAGAAUUUUUAGCGUACCUGUGAUUUGUUUCAAUUGAUUAAAAAUUGUCAGCGAAAAUUUUAGAGCUUAGAAGCAUACAUGCGACCAACACCUAUUUCAAAAUAAUUUAUUUCCAAUUGGUAUAGCCCAUCUGUUAUAAAGAUGCAAGCAAUAGUCAUAUAUACUUUCCUUGGUAGAUAUCAAAGUUUAUUGCUGUAUAUUUGAAUAUGUAUUUUAU